GAACCAUUGAAAUACUUCCCCCCUUCUUUUUUUUAGUAGUUAUAAAGUAGAAUUGUAAGAAUUACUAAGAAACAGGAAGACACAGUCAGAACAAACAGAUAGACCGAACUUGUGUGGACAAAGACAUCUGUUAGUUCUUGCGUCCAGGCCUUUGGUGUUGUUUCGAAAAGGGCAGAAAUGAUACUUCAUGGAACCCCCACUGAGUUCUUUAGAAAUUGAGCAGUUGACUUAGAACGACGAGCCUCUUUGAGAAUUCGAGACGUGACAGUCAUAAGUCAACAGUGGGAGGUCCAGGGGUUCCUUAGCGACCCUCAUAAGUUACAUUUUUGUCAGUUUUGCCGUUUGGGAUUUUAAGCCGAAACUGCUUCUAAAACAAUCGGUCAUUGGCCGGAAUCAAAAUUUAAGCCUACUCCUCUUAUUUGAAUCCACCUAUCCGAGAAUUUAGGAGGAGAAGAGAGGAGGCGGAUACAAUCCAGUUAGGACCUUUGGCUCGGGAGAGAGUCCAGUUUAAGAUUAAGAGUCGGCUACGAAACUUAGAACUUGGCGGAGGUAGAACCCGCGAAUAUAAUCCAGUUUAAGAUCAGGGAGUCUACUAAACACUUUCGAACGUGGCGGAGGUAAAACCCGCGAAUAUACUUGCGCGUUAAGAUAAGUGAUUUGAGCAGUGCAGCACCGGCGGCUUGGAAGCCGAUACUACGUCUUAUAGUGUUGAUUUUUUACUCCGCGUGACUGUGAGAAACAAUAAAGUGUUCCAGUGGCAAAGUACAUUGUGUUGGUCAGAAGUGUUUCACCCUCCUUGUCCGAGCCUGGCCCUUAGCCGACCUGAGGAGAGAACUCAUCGCCAGGAGCAAGCCAAACCCAUCGCCAAUUUCCACCCCACUCACGCCUUCCCUCCUUUAAAUUGAAUCGCAAACAACUAGGAGCUGUUUGCUGGCGCCCAAAAUAUCAGGUUCUAGGUUGAAAUUCCAAACCCGUAAUCAGCAACGGAAGGAGGAAACGGUGGAGUAGGAAGAAGCGGUGGAGCCUGGUCAAGCCGGAACCAGCCACGACCUAACAACUUCAACGGAGGCAGCACCAGGUAGGGCAGCCAAAGUGACCAGUGGCAACCACCUUGUGGGCAAGAAGCCUUCAAAGAGGGUGGGCGGUUACAGAGAGAGAAAGUGUGCCGCCCAACGGUGUUGGCCCGAGUAACGACGACGAAGAAAGGUCAGGGCGGUUAGAGAAAGUAUGGCGCAGCCAACGUGACGGCCGACGUCUCAGCGAGGACAAGGGUACGAGGAGAGAAGCGCAACAUAACGCACGACGCCAGAGGAAACAACUCCCGACAAUUGGAACAAGAGUCAGGACGGACGGAGCUGCACACUACUAGUUCUACUGCUCCGACAGUUCACACGAGGUACACCGAACGCAACUACAAGGUCAGUUACGAAAUUUUAUAAUGGCCAGCAGAUCAUUGAGGAGCCGUACUGUAGAGGCUCAAGAGGAGAAUCAGGAGUUAGCGGCAGGGGAGCGAGACCCCGCAAACCCUCUUAGCUUAGUCAGCGCGAGUGAGACUCCAGGACAAGACACAAUGCGACCUCAAGGAGCAGAAUUAGGGACGCAGAGCCAAGCCAACCAAGUGUUAGAGAAAAGUGAUUCCAACACACAAGCUUCUGUAGACAGUACCAAUCAGCUACAGCAAAUGUUGUUAGAGUUUUUCACAAGUGUUAGAGCAGAUUUGAGUAGCCACCGAGAGGAAAUUCAGGAAAGUGUUAGAGCAGAUUUGAGUAGACACCGGGAGGAUAUUCAGGCGCAGUUCAUUAGUGUCAAGGCUGAUCUAAGUGCUAAUCAAGAGAAUGUGAGAGCCGAACUCCAGUCCAACCAAACUAAAUUAGAACAGUUGCAGGAAAGUGUUCGGUCAGAUAUGAGCCAAGUUAGGUCUGACAUACGAGCAGAAAAUGAAAAGUUACUGCAAAGUUUCGAGGCUCAAACUCAGGAAAUCAGGAAGGAAUUAGAUAGUAGGCUGGAAUCCGAAGCCAGACGGGUCUCCCAGCUAGUUACGCAGGUGCAAACUGAAACCGCAUCUGAAUUUGCAGCAGUCAAGAGGCAGCUGCAGAGCAUAGGUAACGAGUUCGACUCUAGGUUAGAACAGUCCAAUACAAGCACCCAAUUGGUAGUUAAUGAACUUGCAGAUCAGAUGCAGGAGCACAGGUCUGAAGUGAGUAAUCAGAUGGUACGACAGAAAGAGAGCCUAGAAAAUUUAUCGCAGUCAACCACUCAGGAAUUAGGAAGGAAAUUUGAGAUGGUAAACGCAAAGGUUUUGGCAUUAGAGACUAAAUUAAACGAAAUGCCAGCCAGGCAAGCUUUAGCCACAGAGGCGCGAGUGGUAGUUCAGGACGCCGCAUCUCUUUCCGCCGGACCAGCCAAUGACCCUACGACGGAACCUGAAGUGACUGAAGCAAGCGGUGGAUUGGUCGGUGAAACAGUCAGCUGCAUUCACCAGCCAGCCCUCUGCAAUACAUUGUCUAGUGAUAGCAGCAUGAAUGGGUGUGUAGUGCAUGCCAACACAGAGAAUGUAUCCUUGUUGGGUUAUCUAAGCAACUCAGAAUUUCCCUUACCUCUUUACGAUGACGCAAAAGAGACCAACCCCGUAUUUCAUCUACGGAGGUUGGAUGAAUUUAUUAACUUUCGCAAUGUGCCGAAACCCCUUCGUUUGGCAGUCGCAUGCCGAUCCAUAGUGGGACACAUAGGCAAGCAAUGGGUAGAGGCUGUAAUGCACAAUGUGGCAGACUACGAGGCAUUCAAGAAGGCAUUCUUGAAUACCUGGUGGUCGACUUCCAGGCAAUCUCUUGUAAAGUGUACGCUCUAUCAGGCGAAAUAUGAUCGGAGAUCAGGUUUGAGUCUGAGCGGACAUUUUUUAAAACACGUGACCAUGGCUUCGUACCUGGACCCAAGACCUUCGGAUGGGGAGCUGAUAGAAGCAAUCAGGGCCCACUAUCCGAUAGGGGUGCAACGAGCCAUGCUCACCAACCAGAUGCAAACAAUCGAGCAAGCCCUGGAUCUUCUCAAAAGAGUGGAGCUGAUGGAACAGUCCGAGAAUUAUCCGAGACCUCCCAUGCAACCCCACAAUUCGAACCCUAACAGGCCAGGGAACAAUCCGCACAGAAGUGACCCCAGAGGCCAAAACCAGGCUCAGGUGCGCCAGGUGCAAUUCUUUCCGUCACGGAACCGUUCGAACCGGAACCGGAGACGUAAUCGCCGUAAUUACCAGUCAGAGAGAGGCGGAGAACCCCCAGAGGGAAGCUCCGGCCCUCUUAACCCCAAUGCAACCCCGUACCAGGGAAGACAAGAGCAAAACAAUCACAGCGAUAACCAUUCGGGAAACCGAACUGGAGUUAUUGAGGACCGAAUGGCUCCCGUUGUGAGAUCCCACGUAUUUCUAGGUCCGCUCAAGGCAUCCCAAAUGGCAGGCGAACCCAGUUGUGAAGGCGAGUCUGACUCGGAAACUCAAGAUAGCUACUUAGAGCAGGUGACUACGGGUGGAGUAGUACUGUUCAUUAAUGAGGCAAAUUUAGAAAACAGUCCUCAGGUCGAAGUUCAAGUGUUGAACAAAAUUAAAUUCACAGCCAUUCUAGAUUCUGGCAGUGAGGUUAAUCUCCUAUCAGAACGAAUUUAUGAGGAGCUAACUGAAACAGGUGUAAAAGUUCCUACCCUACCAGUUGAAGGAGUGGUUCUCGUAACAGCGUUCGGCAGACGAAGCAAACGGAUACGUCGGCAGGCUUUACUCGAAUUUUCGAUAGGCCAAGAUGUGUUCGAGACCAUCUUUUUAGUUUCACCCCAGUUGAAUAAUGACGCCAUUUUCGGUUGUCAAUUCCUGAAGGAGCAUGGAGUUAUCAUCGACUUCAACUCAGGAAAGUUCACGUAUGUCCGCAACGGAACAACAAGAGAGUGGACGUUUGCCACCAGGGCAGCAUCGCAAGGCGCUUGCAAUAAUGACAGUGGAGAGUUUAAAGAAUCUUCCAACACUGUAUCCAUGUUAGCAGGUCAGCGACCCAAACCCCAAACAGCUGACUGUGCAGACCCACCUUCCCAUUCCAGAGCAGCUGAAUACUGCAAUGGAUCCCUACCUCACCCCACCGCAUACGGCAGAGUGGCGACCAACGGCAUUAGACUCGGUCUUCGGAUCGACAAAGGACCACUUGACCCAGACAGGAACCAGGAGUUCCCGGACCCUGACGCAAAGCGCGAUCAGUUGUGCCCCAAUGGAGAGUGUGUCCUAGCGAGUGUGGCAGCUUGCAUAAGUAGCCCCCGCAGCAGAGUUCCUGCUAGUCUGAAUGCCAGCCCUACUUAUGAGUUAGAAGUCAACUCAGUAGAGACAGCCCUGCCACAUGGCCAACCCAUCCCCAACCCAAAACCCAGUUUCCCAGAACCCCGGUCAUUACAAGCAGCCGAUCUACACUCCUUAGUAGAGCAAGUGACUGAUUUGUCCACAGCUGAACGAAGUGAUCUAUACCAGGUUCUAUUCCGGUAUAGAGAGCACAUGACAACGCGACCUGGGAAGUGCAAGCUUUUCAUCUACAAAUUCCAGGUAGAUACCGACCGCCCAAUAGUAGGUCAUUCGAGGCCAAUUCCGUUUGCCCUCCGACCAGCUGUUAGAGAACAAAUCCGGCAGAUGCUAGUCGACGACAUUAUUGAGCAUAGCAAUUCCCCGAUUCUCAACCCAUUAACCGUGGUAAGUAAAGAAGGAGGAGACAUACGCAUAUGUGUUGAUGCCCGGAGGGUGAAUGAAGUCACCAUCCCAGAUCAUGAGAGGACCCCUCCCAUGAAUGAGCUCUUACAAAGAUUCCAUGGGGCAAAAUAUUUCACGUCCCUUGACCUGAGUUCAGCUUAUUUACAGAUAGAGCUACACGAAGACUCUAGAAAAUACACGGCUUUCAUGUCCGAAUCCACCGUGUAUCAGUACAAAAGAGUUCCAUAUGGGUUCAGAAAUUCAUUACCCGCAUUCGUACGUGCCAUAAAGGUAACGCUGGGAACGGAUCUGGAGAACGUGGUAUCCUACGUUGACGACAUUCUGAUACAUUCCCCUACCAUGAAAGAUCACCUAAGACAUCUUGAUACCGUACUCGGUAAAUUAACGAAGGCAGGCUUCACGAUCAACGCCAAAAAGUGUCGCUUCUGCAAAGACGAGGUUAGGUUUUUGGGACACCGUAUAGAUAGGACCGGUGUAUCCGCUGACCCGGAUAGGGUACAGUCCAUCCUCAACUAUCCAGCACCGAGAAACAGUAAACAGCUGAGGCAGUUUCUCGGAACCUGUAAUUUUCAUAGCAGAUUCAUCAUAGGCUAUGCAAAUUACGUCGCACCGCUAACGCCGCUAUUGAGGCUAGGUGUGAAGUGGUCGUGGACAGAUGAAGCACAGGAUGCAUUCCUGCGCCUGCGGCAGAGUUUUGCGCGCAGCAUUCACCUGGUCCAUCCACGUGAUGACGCCCCGUAUGCAAUUUACACUGACGCCAGCAAGCUGGGGAUAAGUUCAAUACUAACCCAGGAAAGCGACUACGGUGAGACGUUGGUAGUGUCCACCGCAUCCAGAGUGUUGAGCCCCGUAGAACGGAGGUACUCCACCUGUGAACAGGAGCUGCUUGCUGUAGUCUAUGCGCUUCAGAAGUUCAGAAUAUAUGUGAUAGGUCAUCCCAUCACUGUAUAUUCCGAUAACAAAGCAUUAUCGUUUCUGAAGAGGUGUAAUUUGACAUCUAGUCGAGUCACACGCUGGGUAAUGCAGCUGCAGGAGUACGAUUUGAAGAUUGUACACAUUAAAGGCAGCGAUAACUUCUUUGCAGACAUGCUGAGCCGCAACCCCAUUGGGUUAAGCCAAGAGAGCCGCGACCAAGUGUUGAAGCCGAAAGAGUUAUUCGUGGCAAGGGUAGACCUGGGAACUGACAGAACACUCAUGAAAGAAUUAGGCAAUCUGUCAGAACACCAACUCGGUGAUCCCGCUUUAAAUAAAAUACGGGAAGAACUGGAGAGCGACCCAGAGAAAUUUUCGGGCAGGUACAUGGUAAGAGACAGGAUCCUGUUCUGCAAAAAUGACAGGAGCCAUCCCUAUUGGAGAAUUAUGUUACCCAGACAGCUAGAAGACCGAGUGAUUCGGUAUGUACAUACGCUAUUGGGACAUCAAGGUACCGAUAAGUGUAUGUUGCAAAUAGCACACACUUUCCACCUAAAGUCAUUAGGAAGAAAGGUGCGGAAGUUCGUGGCACACUGCGACAUCUGUCAACGUGUGAAACAUCCCAAUAGGUCCUAUGAGAUUGAAAGAGUAUCUCAUCUCCCCACCAGGCCAGGAGAGCUAUUAACGAUAGACCUCUAUGGACCUCUACCUACAGGUCGUGGUGGAGUGAAAUACCUGUUGGUAUGUCUGGAAUUCUUCUCCAAACAUGUAACUCUAUACCCACUAAAGGCAGCCACAACUAGGAGCUGUUUAAGGAAGCUCAGGGAGCACUAUUUCCAAAGUGUUAUCAAACCUGAGACCAUUUUGUCUGACCACGGAUCGCAAUUUGCGAGUCCUGCAUGGCGGAAAGCACUGACCGAUUUGGGCAUUCAGUGUAGAUACUCUCCUAUUCGACACCCGGAAAGUAAUCCGACAGAGCGGAUUAUGCGCGAACUUGGAAAAUACUUUCGAAUCUACUGCCACGAGACGCACAAAAAAUGGCCAGAACUCGUGCCAUAUAUAGAGAACUGGUUGAAUUCUUCUGUUAGCCAGUCUACAGGUUAUACUCCUGUAGAACUGCUCGAUGGAAAUCCGAGGCCGGAUAUCUUCCGAAAGAUACUGAAAAAGAGUGCAGACCAGUUACCCCGGGAAGAUGUCUUAUCUGACAAAAUUCUAAAAGCCUAUGCUCAGAUGAAACUAAAAGCAGAUCAGCGAAACAAACGACGGAAAACUGGCAAGACUAAGUGGCAGCCUAGUCUUCAGGCGCUAGUGCUAGUAAAGUGCCAACCUGUAUCGGAUGCAGUGCAAGGCCUUACUUCUAAAUUUCAAAGACCGUUCGAGGGACCAUUCGUGGUUCAUCGAAGAGUAAACCCCUCCAUCUUCGAACUGGCAGAUUCAAAAGGCAGGAUUAGAGGACUCUUCAACCUAAAACAUCUGAAACCCUACCUCGAGGAAAACCUCGAAUCCUAGACCCCACAGACAGGACUGAAAGUGGAUCCUCGAAAAAA